AUGGCCUCUCCAGUCUUUCUCUACCUCUCCGACGACCCGCAAGCCUACCUCCUCUUCCUCAAAGGUUACAUCCGUCCUUGCGCCGACAUCUGCACCAAGUGCAAAGUCCGCUAUCUCGACAACUUCAUCAAGACCGCAUCCGCCCCGGAUCUUGGCUGGAACCGGCUAUCGCCUGACGAACGGCCUCGUCCAGCCCACACCCUCUUAGACGCCCAGUUAGCCAACUUGGGUAUUACCGCAGCCAACAGAGGGAUGGGCAGACCAGAUCGUGCUGACGAUCGCUAUGAUCAGUACAAGCUGGCCAACUCCUAUCCGAUGGUGCGGAUGUCUACCUCUCUUCACCACCUCUCUCUGAUCCGUCCUCCUCAUCAGCCAGCCAACACCGCCCUCUGCACCUGCUCCAUUUUCUCCGUCCUCAACGGUAAACACCCCGAUGCACACACCGGAUACGAAUGGAUCAACGUCAUUCUGCGCGCUACUCAACAGCGGGUUGAGCCUGCUCUUCUCCAAGCAUGGGCACAACCCUUGAACGAAGAGGAGCUUCUUACUUCUUCUGCCCCAUAUCGUCCGCUGUGUCCUGGCUACGACUGCCAGGCGGACACAAGCUGGCAAGAAGAUCAAGUGCACAAAAGGAACAACGUGGUGGAUAUUCCUCGAUUUGCCGACGUAGUUUGGGAUUGGUCUGUGGAUCAAAUACGACUUUUGGGCUUAGGAAAUGGGGCCGAGGAUGACCCUGCGGGAGAUACUCCCAGUUAUGGUAUUUCCUUGGUUAGUACAAGUCCCGGUGACCCUUCCAAUCCCGAUUCUGAUCCCGGUUCCGCCGCUGUCGACCCCUCACACCCUCCAGACUCCCUUCGCCCCGGCUUUCUUCUCCUCACCGGCACUCCCUCCACCUCCGCUUCCAUCAACUCCCAGUUCAGAGACUACCACCUCGACACCUUCCCACCCUGCCGCUUCGCCCACUCCCUCCGACAGGACCUCCUGCGUGCCUUUCUCGCUCACACGUUCCGCCUGAAUGCUGCCACAUGCAAUACCCUCUCAGAUUUAUUCGUCAAAGCAGCUUUUGCAUUGUCCUAUAUACCCCCCUCCUCCUCCUCCUCUUCUCACACACCGCAUCUCCUGCCAGUCAAAUCCCUCUUCGACACCGCCCACCGCGACUAUUUCCACCAUAAAACCCCGCUCCUGGAUAUCCCCUUUGACCAAAACCAAAAUUAG